AUGCGGCACACUCGCAGCUGCCGCCAGCCAACGGUGUUGUAGUCUGUGUUGUGUUGUGCAAUGUGAACUAGGCUGGUUGAUCAGACACUGUGGGAAAAUCCCCUACCUGUAGCACGAGGAAGUGAACACCUUUCCUGUGGAUAUCUGAUGUGUAACGUAUACUAUAGUAAUGUCAAUCACUUGGACAUAUUUCCUCCUGCAGACAAAGAACUGACCCCUCUGUUUCUCACACACUUCCCCCAAGUGUGUGUGUGUGUGUGUGUGUCUGUGUGUCCUGGUUGUCCUUUGUCCUCAGAAACACUAAAAGCUCAGGCAGUAACUAGGGGCAGCAGUGCCAACUACAUACCUGCCCUCAGGUCCUAAAGUCCAACCAUGUCACCGAACCUGAGAUCAGGAAAUGAUUGUCUGGUUAUGAAAACUGUUUGUGUUAUACAGUAGAACAGAGUGGUUAGAAGAAGAGCUUGGCUACGCAGCGCAGAAGAGUUACUCACUUACGGACAUAAUGGAUUCAUUUGGGGAUUUGUCUUUAAGAAUGGAUAUGUUUUUAAGGAUUUGUCUUUAAGAAUGGAUAUGUUUUUAAGGAUUUGUCUUUAAGAAUGGAUAUGUUUUUAAGGAUUUGUCUUUAAGAAUGGAUAUCAGGCUCUUUACGGAAGAUGAUGGACUGAAGCAGGUCAUUCUGGGGAUGUGGUUCCGGAGCCUUUAAGAGCCCAUGACAGGGUGGACAUUCAUGGGGACUAGAUUUCUUUUGACCUUUAUGUGGAUAGUAGGAAAAUCCUGAGCAGACGUGUGUGUGUGUGUGUGUGUGUGUGUGUGUGUGUGUGUGUGUGUGUGUGUAUGUAAUGUGUGUGUGUUUGUUUGUGUGUGUGUGAGUGAGUGUGUGUGGACAUUGAUGAUGGUGUUUUUGACAUCAUUUUGAUCGGUCAUCAUUAUUCAGCUUUUGCAGCAAGGUUUUUGUAAGCGUGUGUGUGUGUGUGAGUGUGUGUGAGUGUGAACGGUUCUUAAUCAGCCUCCUAACAUGUGCAGCCCAACUGACUGCGCCGCCCUUGCCGCAGAAGUCAGCUCAGUCCUCAGUGCAGAGAGGGUGGAACAGAUGACCAAGACUUACAAUGACAUCGAAGUGGUCACACACCUUUUGGCUGAGAGGGACCGGGACCUGGAGUUGGCUGCUCGGAUUGGUCAGUCGCUCCUACAGAGGAACCAUGUGCUGCAGGAGAGGAAUGAGUCGCUGGAGGAACAACUAGCACAGGCUCUUGACAGGGUGCACCAGCUGCAGCAUGAGCUGGGUAAGAAGGACGAGCUGCUGCGGAUGGUGGCCAGUGCGUCGGAGGAGAGCGAGACGGACUCUAGCUCCUCGGCCACGCCCCUCAAACACCCCCAGCCACCAGGGGGCGCCGUCAGCCUCAGCCAGCUGGAGGUGCUGCAGAGCAAGCUACAGGACCUGGAGGAGGAGAACCUCGCCCUGCGCUCACAGGCAUGUCACCUGAAGACAGAGACAUUCACCUACGAGGAGAAGGAACAGCAGCUGGUUAACGACUGUGUGAAAGAGCUACGCGAGUCCAACAGUCAGAUGGUGACCCUGACGGACGAGCUGUCGAAGAAGAACGAGGAGCUGAUCCGACACCAGGAAGAGAUUGCCCAACUUCUCUCCCAGAUCGUGGAGCUACAGCAUAAAGUCAAAGAGCUGGCUCUUGAGAAGGAGGAGUUGAGGAUCCAUCUGCAAGCCUCCAAAGAUGCCCAAAGACAGCUGACUGCAGAGCUGAAGGAGCUGGCUGAGCGUAAUGUGGAGUGUGUGGGGAUGCUGCAUGAGUCUCAGGAGGAGAUUAAGGAGCUGCGCAGUAAACAGAUGCCCUCUGCUGGCCUGCGCAGUAACAUACCCUUCGGCCUCUACCCUAUGGAAUCUCUGGCGGCUGAGAUUGAGGGCACAAUGAGGAAAGAGAUGAGUGUGGAGGAGGAGGUGGCCUUCCAGGACCAGAAGGUGUCCCAGAAGCGUGUGUUCCGGACGGUGCGGGCGGUCAACGAGACCGUGGAGCGGGCAGCUGCUUUGGCCCCUCCCCCAAUCCCAGGGUCUGGGUGCAGCAGUGUGGUGAUGACCGCCCGCCCCUUCCUGUCUGGCCGUCAGGAUGACGAGUCUGCCGACAGCGCCAAGGAGGCGGCGCGCCUUGGUCAGCCGGGCUCCCCUGGAGGAAGUGACCUCGCGUCGGCACUGCACCGCCUCUCUCUGCGAAGGCAGAACUUCCUGUGCGAGCGGCAGUUCUUCCAGCAGGAGCGCGAGCGCAAGCUGCAGGAGCUAGCCCAGGAGGAGGGCGGGCCCAGCGGCUGCAGCUCACCAAUGGGAAGCCUUGUCUCCUCCUUCACCAACCUAUCAGAGUUCUCCUUCUCCUCUAGCACUUUCAAGACCUUCCUGCCAGAGAAGCUGCAGAUUGUCAAGCCCAUGGAAGGCUCCCUGACGCUGCACCACUGGCAGCAGCUGGCCCAGCCUCACCUGGCCAGCAUCCUGGACCCGCACCCAGGUGUGGUGACCAAAGGGUUCCGCCCCCUUCCGCAGGACGCCACGUACCGCCUGACUGACCUGGAGGAGGACGAGGAGGCCGAAGAGGAGGCGCGUGCCAACCGGAUCUGGGAGCUCCGCUGGGAGGAGAUGAGAGAGAGGGAGGAGAAAAGAGAGAGGGAGGAGGGGAGGAGAGAUGAGAGGAGAGAGAAGAAGGAGGAUGAGAGGAGAAGAGCGAGGGGGGAGGAGGAGGAGGAGGAAGAGGAGGAGGGAGGCAUCACGUUCCAUGUGCAGUGUUCAUCCACGCCAGAAGAGAAGAGCGAGAGGAGGCCAGUAGCCAUGGAGAUGACCCACGCUCUACCGCCACUCUCUCUUUCUCCCCGGCCAUCUCCCGUCGUCAUGGCGACCACUGCAGCAUCGUCCUUGUCCUCUGCGACCCCGGUGAGCUCUGCCCUUCCUGUGACCUCUGAGCAGGAUGAUUCUGGAGCGUCUCAGGGCAGCCAGAAUGUCAGCUCUACAGCGCCACUCUCUGCUGUGAAUCCAGGGAAGUCACAGAGCUCCACCUUUUCCACCUACACCUUCACCACCUGUCGGAUCAUGCACCCCUGUGAUGUCACCCAGGUCAUGUCCAGCUCUGUGUGUAGUCCGUGUGUGUCCGAGCAGCAUACUCCGAGCUCCCUGCGGACUGGCCCGAGCACCCCUGUCACUCCCUGCCUGCUGAGCCUGGGAAACUCCUUCCCCCCACGCCACCUCUCCACGGCGCCCCCUAGAGGCCUGGCCAAGCUGCUGCUGGAGCGCGGCAUCUCCGCUCAGGUCUCCACGGAAACGGGCCCCGUCGCCCCGGCAGCAGCCCCUCGUAAACCAGCGUCCGUUCCCUUCCACCUGUUGCCUAGCACCCCUCCGAACUCUCCCUCGCACUCGCCCUGUCCGUCCCCGGUCCCGUUCGACUCGCGUCCUGCUGCAGGUCACUCUUCAUCAUCGUCGUCCGGCGCCACUGCCGCCGCCUCUGACAACUUCCUGGCGUCGCGUCCGGCAGAGCUCUUCCUGCAGGAUGUGUACGGCAUCCGUCUGGGUCGCGCUCCCCGCCCUGACCUCCCCAGCCCCGAGCCCCCUGCCCUCUCCUCCGCAGAUCCCGCCUCCAGCCUGGUGGAACGCCUGCGCAGGCUGGGAUUGGCCGCCGCGUUGCCGGGGGCAGCGGAUGCGGAGUCCAAGCGCCCCCAGGACUCCACCUUCCUGGCCACUGGCGGAGGGAGCUUAUUGGACGGCCUGCGGCGGAACCAGAGUCUGCCAGCCAUGAUUAGUCGAGGACCACGGGGGGUGGUGUCAAGCCCCUCCCAUCCGACACCGCCUCCGCCACACCCCACGUCUUUGGCCCUGCCCACUCCGCCCUGGGGACACCUGAAGCCCAACUCCUCCCCCCGAAGACACGCCUCCCUCUCUCAUGCCCCGCCUUCUCAGAGUAACCACUGAAAGCCAUUGGCUAAUAGCUGGGGGGAGGGAGUGGCAUUGCGUUGGAGGAGAGGCUUGCACUGACAGAAGAGACUUUUAAUUCCCGUCUGAAGCUCUGCCCAAAUCCCUUCCCCAUCCAAUGAGAUAACUUUGCUUGCUUGAGACAACUGGGAUAGGAGGAGGCCUUGUUUGUUUUUAUGUUUUUUAAAAGCACAAUUGACAUGUUUGAGAUGGGAAACCUUAUUGCCACAGUGUGUGUUUGACGUUGUGGGUUUCAGUGGCCUUAGCAUGUCUGUGAGGGGUAGAAGCACCUGCCUAACUUCCUACUCCGCCCUCUUUUCCUGCUCUACUUCCUGUUUCCUUUUUUCUCUACUUCCUACUGUACUUCCUGUUUGAACAUAUUCUGUUCCUGUUUCAUUGUGGCUCAUUUCCUGUGAACUCUGGAAGCUUAGAAGACCAGUCGGACAGGAGAGGGAGCCAGCAAGUUGAUAUGCUGUAUUAAGUUUGUGUUAAGAAAAGAAAAACGGAAGUUUACAAGUUGGAAUGUGGAAGGUCAGAAGAAAUGACAAAACGAAGAGAUGUGAGAGAAACAGAAGGCUUAAAGAGAGAGCAAAUGACGCAGUUGAGGGGAAAAAAGAAAGUAGGGUUAAUGGCCGAUGGUCAAGCUUCCAGAGUUCCACUACCUUUGGGCAUUUCUCUUGUGUUGAAGCCUUGGGCGUAAAACCCCCCUCUCCUGCAGUCUAUCCUGUACAUACCUGAAUCUGUAAACUCGUAAACUCUGUAGGGACUAAGCUAGACUAAACUAGUGGAUGUCUAAUGAUCUCUAAAUUAUCUCUCGCUCUGUGUAGGCUUUCAGUAUUACUCCAUAGUGACUGUUUGCUUUACUGCCAUUAGCUAGCCAAAGCCAAGACUGCCAGGUUGCACUGCUGUAAAGGCCCCACAUUACUGAAUAUUCCCCUCAGGGUUGGAGGAUAGGAGACUGGAACCUGAAGAGAGGUAUAGGAGACAUCAGCUUGCGCUAGUGUGGAUCCAGAUGCACUCCAGAGUUAGCCUAUUCUAGUUAGCCUAGCUGUUAGCAGGGUUAGCAAUGUUAGCUUUAAUAAACUGUGUAAAUUUGAGGAAUGAGUUAGUUUGUCUAAACGGGCAUCACUGGAGUUCUGUCACCAGGUGGGUUAGCUUCUGUUGUUUCCGAUCAUUACCACCUCCUUCUCUGUGUUGGUUCUCAGUAGGGGUCUUUGCCUUUGCCAAGACGUGCAUUGGUGUUGCUCACGCUAGGGGUGAUUGGCUAGGAGGCAGCUAACGCUAAUAAUACACAUUCUAAUCCAGUAAGCACAAGGGCUUCAUGUACCAAGUACGCACACUUACUCCAGGGUGUUUGGUGUAGUGCCAGCCUAUAGUUUCGGUCAUAUGUCACUGUUGGGGCUCAUUUUGAACAUUUUGAAGGGAUUAGUUUAGCAUGCGUAGGAAUAUAAGGGUGUGUAGAGGCUGUAAAAGGUUAAAGGUUGUCUGAUAGUGUUAGAAGUGUUAAGGAAGCACUGAGGAUGAGAAAGGCAGUAAAGCCCCCUACUGCUCGUCGGUGUCGCUCUAAGCAUUGACCUUUCACCUUUGUGAUCUUUUGACCUUUGACCCUCAGACCCUCUUUGACCCCAGUAGAGUGACCUUAAAGAUCACAUGGGUUAUGCUCCAUCCCACCACUCUCUAUUAUCAGUUGUUUAAUGCACUUUUUCAUUUUAAAUCCACUAAUAUUAUUAUUGUAAGGGACAGACACGAUUAUUGUUAUUAUUAUUAUGCGAGGUUAGUAUUAGGUUUAACUAAUAUGUUUUAUCAGCAGAGGAUUUAAGACCUCAUCAUGUAUUUAACACCAUUUCAUUUAGGAAUGAGAUUUUUAAAUAAUAUACAGCAUAGCCUAUACAUGAAGCUUGUUCUUGUUUUUGUGGUUCCACAAACCAGGGAUUGUAAGAGUGCUUGUGUCUAAACGUAACCUGUGUGAAAAGCAACCAAAAACACUUCUCCUUUUGUCCACCCUGCGCAAAUCCGGUUUGUGUUGAAACCGAACGGGUUUCUGUGUUCUCCGAACGUUUGUGAUGAAACAAUGUUUUAACCAUCAGGGAUGUGAGCAGUGUGAUUCUGGGCUUCUCUGCUAUUGGCUGACGUAAGGAGGAGUGGCAGGGCUUGUAAUUCCCUGUCAUUCCAAUCAGGGUUGAGGCUGAUGUUGGGUUCUGAAUGAUGCUAGCUUUAAAGCAUUGUGUGUGUGUGUGUGUGUGUGUGUGUGUGUGUGUGUGUGUGUGUGUGUGUGUGUGUGUGUGUGUGUGUGUGUGUGUGCGUGUGUGCGUGUGUGCAUGUGUGUGAGUUUGUGUGUGUGAGAGAGAUGGACCUAUGUGACCCUCCUCUGUGUUUGGCCUGUGUAAAGUUCCCAUGAUUCAUCCUGUUGCAUUGUUUUGUAAAAUAAAGCAAUUCAAAAACUU